AAAAAAAUGGCAUGGCUAGCAAGGUCUAUAGCUAACUCUCUAAAUUUCGACGAUGAAGAAGAAGAUUUCUCCAAUACAGAAUCGGAUGAACAACAACGACAAUCCACGACACCUCGUGGCCUCAAAGAAGACUUGACAGAUCUUAAACAAACCCUAUCCCGCCAAUUCUGGGGUGUCGCUUCUUUCCUCGCUCCUACACCGUCGGAGAAUGAUCCUCAUCCAGAUGACGAAGACGCUGCAUUGAUCGCCGGCAUUCGCAGUGAUUUUUCCGAAAUUGGAGGCAAGUUUAAGUCAGGGAUCUCCAAGCUUUCCACUAACAAAACGGUGUCGGAGUUCACAAAGAUCGCCUCCGAUUUGCUCCAGUUGGGAUCCGAGAGUGACGAUGAUGAGAUUGCGACAAUUGUGGCAACUGCUGUGGGUGUGACUGAAGAAGUUGUGGGUUUUGCUAGAGAUGUCGCUAUGCAUCCUGAGACUUGGCUCGACUUUCCCAUUCCUCGUGUUCAAGAUUUUGAAGAUUUUGAUAUGUCGGAUGCCCAACAAGAACAUGCUUUAGCUGUCGAGCGUCUUGCUCCCAGAUUAGCUGCUUUAAGGAUUGAGCUUUGUCCUGGAUAUAUGAGUGAGGGCUGCUUUUGGAAGAUUUACUUUGUUCUCUUGCACCCUAGACUCACUAAACAUGAUGCUCAGCUACUCUCAACUCCCCAAAUAGUGGAAGCGAGAGCAAUGUUGUCUCACGAGUUGCAAAACAAAGAUAAGGCAAAGUCCACUCCAGAUUGGCCUGGAGUUGGCACUCCCAGUGUAAAAGAUAAUAGUAAUACUGAUUUACCACACGAAGAGACUUUGUCUGUGCCAUCUCAUGCUGAGACUGAAUCAGUUACAAUCAUGACAUCUGGCACUAAAGCAGCCCCUCCCACACUUGCAGCCAAGACACCUGAUCAUGAAACGGUCCCUUCCAAUGUUUCAGCUGAACCAGAAAUGGAGAAGCAUCCAGUUGAAAGUACUCAGAUGCAAAUUAUUGACAAAUACAUAGUCGAGGAAGAAAAGGUUAACCAGGCCAAACAUCAACAUUCAUCGUCCAGUUCCUCUAGGAUUCUGGAUGAGAAAUUUGAGGAUGAUGGUGAUGAUUGGUUGAAAGAUGAUAGUUCAGAAAUGAUUGGUGCCAGUGGAGCCUCAAUGCCUCUUGGAAAUGAUGAGGAUGUUUCAUUCAGUGAUCUUGAAGAGGAUGAUGAAGAUGAACCUACAAGUUACACGAAAGUGGCAUGAGAGUUCAACAAAAGAAUCGCCGGAUUGGGUUCAGCUGAGCAGAAUCUCUGCUGACUCAGUUAAGGAUAUUAACCCUGUUAGUGUAAAAAAUACUGGGUCUGAGCAGGUAAGUACUCGCAAUUCUUAAACCAAGGAAUCUAGUGAUUCGCUUGAUGUUGAUGACAGUGAAGUGAUGUGAUUCUUCGACUAAAAGCUUUGAUGUUGCAUGUUGUUCUUUUAAUGUUUUCUCACCUCUUUACUGUGAAUAUCUUGCAUAUGGUUUCUGAAGUUCGAGUUGGGCUGUAAAACUGUAUUUCUGUACAUAACUCCAAAUUCCAAUGUAAAUUGAAUCAUCAUGCAUGGAAUAUAUAUAUAUAUUUACGUAAUAA